UGUCUGUGAGGUCAUCAGUGUGCGACAUCAACAGCUCUGCUUUUCCUGGAGAUGUGAGGAGGAGGUCAUUAGAUUUUUGGAAUCAUGGUGGACUAUAAAAUCAGGGAUUAUGAGGACUCGGAUUAUGAGACUGUUCGGGAACUAUUUUCUGCUGGGAUGAGUGAAUAUGUCCCGAGCGUGUGUGUGCACGUCCUGAAACAACCAUGGGUGAUCAUGGUCAUAACUUGCUUGUUUCUCUCUUUGCUUAUGAGCUCUAAAUCCUUUAUUUUGCCCAUUUUGGCAGUUACCCUCCUGCUAGCCCUGGGCCGACAUCUUGUGGGCUACUGCUGGUCCUUGUACAUUGAACACUGUUUAAAGGAGGACCUACAGGACAUAAAGAAGACUUACAUGCAAAACAAGGGCUCACAUUUUUGGGUGGUAGAAGCUGAGGAAAGGGUUGUUGGUACAGUGGCAGCUAAACCAUCAGAGGAGAAACACAAUGAGUUGAUUCUGAAGCGUAUGUCAGUGAGAAAGGACUUCAGGGGCCUGGGGAUCGCCAAGGCAUUGUCACGGGAGGUCCUUAGUUUUGCUCAAAAUCGUGACUACAGAUCUGUCAUUCUAAACACACUCAUGGUGCAACAUGAAGCACAGAAAAUGUAUGAGAGCGUGGGGUUUAAGAAGUAUUAUGAUUUUAUACUCCCUACAGUUUAUGGGAAGCUGGUAAACUUCAAAAUCUCCAAAUACCGAUAUGACAUUCUGUCUGCAGACUGAAUCUGUGUCUGCACUCGCUGUAGGAGGACUUGACUUAUUGCUUAGAUCCUCGAGGGACCAGCGACUGCAACAGAUACUAAUAAUUGUGACCAACUCUUUAGUUGUGCAAAAACUCUGGAGCUUUCAAAGCAUCCUUUGUUCUAUUCCUCCAAAUUAACUAUCACAAUAGGUGAUUAAAUACAUGAAACCUCUCUUGGUUGUACUUAGUUUUUUCUUUGCAAACAUGUGUGGUUGUAUUUUCUUGCAGAAGAAGGAGGGGACAUAUUUUUCCUGAAAGUAUUCACAGGAUAUUAACUUCUUGUGUCUCUUUACCAUGUUAUGUUGAUAACAUUGACUGAAGAUAUUGUGCUAACCCUCAUCUUUACCUCGUUUCUCUCUCAUCACUCCCAUCACAAUUAAUCUUUUGGUUCUCGCAUCUGUAGACCCCUGUACAUCUCUUUAAUGUUUGCUGUUCAUCAAAAUAAACUAGGCAGAAAACUUU